AUGAUUGACAUGUGCAUGUCAGCUGUUCCAAACAUUAAAUCUGGACAAAUUCAAACUCUUACCAACAGAAUUAUUGUUGAAGGAACAAACUUUGGAUUACCAACUAAUCCAAUGGCAUUUUGGGAUGAAGCAAGUACACUCAAACAAGAUUAUCCAAUGUCAAAUACCAUUCCACUUGUCAGAUGGGGAGAAGUUCAUUCCAUGGCAUUUUCCAACUUGACAACUGUUCCUAACAGAAGUGGCAAGAACGAUACUGUUUACUAUGGGAAGGGUGGACACAGUUGUCUUCUCCAACCAAAAUUCAAGACAGGUUUGAUUUAUGACAAGCUCUAUAUUUCCUGGUGGUAUAGAAAUAAUCAAGAUCCAUCUUCAGAAGGUGAUUCCAACAAAUUUAUUCGUAUCUGGGAUGAAUACAGUGGCUAUGGCACAAGAAUUUCAUGGACACACAUGCAUUUGACAUGUGCCAAUGGAACUUAUUGGAAUUCUUGGACUAAAUAUGGAAAAAUCAAUGCAUGGAAUCAUCAUGAAUUCUAUGCCGACUUGGCGAAUGACAGAGUUAUUGCCACAUUAAACGGCAAAACAAUGUUCAAUGUCACUUGUUCAAAAGAUUCAGCACAAGCAGGAAGACCAAUAUUUGUCAGAUUGAUUGGAUUUGAUAAUGGAAGUGAUCAUUACAAGAAUAUGACAACAGCUCUGGAUAGUGUUUUCAUUGGAAAUUCUGCAAAGAGAUUGGUUCUUGCUCAUGUGCCAACUUUUGGUCAGAUUGAGUUGAGUGAAGUUGUUCCUAUUGAUGAGUGGAAUUCGAAUAGAAUUGUUGCUAGAUGGAUUGAAGGUGUUUUGGAUUGGACUAAACCUAUUUAUGCCUAUGUGGUAGAUGAGAAUGGAAAUUUCAAUUCACAAGGUUACUUGUUGAGUGUUGUAUCUGAAAAUGUAAUUUCCAGUAAUGAUAAUGGAGGCAUAUUGAGAAAUUGUACAAAUUGUGAAUCAUCUGGAAACAAUAUGCAAUCAUUUGUUUGUUUGAGAACAUUUGCCAUUCUAAUGAUUAUCAUCUUCAUUUUUCAAUAA